AUGCGUCGAUUCCUCGAGCACCUUCACCAUCUCUUCGACGAAGAGGAGGAAGCAGCCACGAGAGACAAUGCGGCUGGCGCUGUCUGUCGAAUAGUCCACGUCGCAGGUUCCAUGCUCCCGCUCCCGCAGAUUUUGCCCGCCAUCGUACAGGCGCUUCCGCUGCGAGGCGAUGUCGACGAGGCCGAAGCCGUGUACGGCUGUCUCGUGGAGGUGACGGCGCCAAAUGUGUCCCGCGACCUUCCCAAACAGCUGUUCCAGGAUAUCGUUUCAGCCUUAGCGCAGGGGUGCGUCAUCGAGAAGGUGGACCCGACUGUUCGACGGAAGACUGCCCAGUGUCUCGCAUCUCUGGACGGCAACCAAGAUGCCAUGGAAGUGCUGCAGUGUCUUCCGGAUUCGCAUAGACAAGCGAUCUCGAGGCUGCUGAGUGAGUGA